AUGUGGCCAACACCGGCGGACAUGGCGUUAUUAAAGGGUAAACCGCGUUCGGAAUGGGUGCAGCCGGAGCCUAUGUCAGUUCAGGAAAUAGAUUUCUACUUGGGCCGAGUUCCAGAAUGGUACAUCGAGCAAAAAUUCCUCAAAAAACCUGGAGAUUAUCUUCUGGCCCGUGGUCACGACAACAAAUUACGUUUAUCGGUAAAAUCAAAUGAACCUGGUAAUCCUGCAGUACAUUUUCCCAUCGAAUUUUGUCAAACAAAGCAGAUACGAGGUGAUAGGAAUUAUUAUUAUCGAAUUGAAAAAACCGUUUUGCAGAAUCGAUCAGUUUUAGGAUUAAUUCAUUCGUAUCAAAAGAGUAAUGUUAACAGUUUGAAGAUAAAUACAAAGCGUGAUGUAAGUCUAAUAGAUCCAGUAUUACCAUGUCAAGGAUGCCGUUAUCUCAAAACCGAAUACUCAUUUCUAAAUAUGCAAAUUAAAGACAAAUCGGAGAUCAAUAUUGGUGAAUUGGUAUGCAAAGGUGAAAGAUCAACAAUUUAUAAAGCAACUCGUUAUUUAACCAAAAAAGGUUUAAUUAAAACGAUGACGGAACGGCCGAUCAUUCUGAAGGAAAUGGAUGACUGUACUGCCGCGGUACUCGACGAUAUAUUCAGGGAGUUGCACAUAGUAAGUACAAUUCGACAUCAAAUUGGAUCUGAAUCGGUUGUAAGUGUUGAAGCAAUUAUGGUCUUUGGUCGACCUUAUUCCAUCGCUUAUGCACUGUGCAAGAAAGGCUCAUUACUACAGUACCUUGAAAAGAAUACCGUCGAUAUGGAUACACGAAUAAAAGAGCAAUACAAUUCUUGGAAUAUUUGCAAAUUUUUGAAAUUCGUCUACGAAAAUGAUAUUCAGUACAAAGAGGCCUUAUUCGGUAGAAAUAUCAAUUAG